UCGGCGGCUCCCGUCCUCUCCCUCUUGCCGCAGCCCCCGGGCGGCGCCGAGGCCCAGCCGGAGCCCCUUCCCUUCCCUCCCUCCCUGCCUGGCAGGAUGGCCGGCGGCGGCCGCCCCGCUCUGCCCUGGCUGGCCCUCGGCCUGGCCCUGACUUGCGCCUCUCCGCCGCCCGACGGCGACCCCUUCGCGGCGCAGCUGGGCGACAUCUCCGCCUGCCAGGCGCGCUGCGCGCAGAGCCUCCAGCCGCCCGGCGCGGCCGCCAAGGAUGCUGUUCUCAAUGCCUGUUACCGUGGCUGCCGGCUGUUUUCCAUCUGUCAUUUUGUGGACCCCGCCGCCGAGCUGAACGCAACCAGAGCCGAGUGCGAAUCAACCUGCGUGGAGGCUUACUCGGGAGGUGCGGAGCAGUUUGGCUGCAUGAGCGGGUGCAGGACGCAGCUGCCAGAGACGGAGGGCAGAGCCGAAAAGGUUCCAGAUCUGAAACCGGCCUCGUUCUCCGUCUUCGACCUGGUCUCCAAUUUCUGCAAUGACAUCGUCAGCUCUGCCCAAAGUUUCAUCUCCUCUACGUGGACUUUCUACCUGCAGUCAGACGAUGGGAAAGUGGUGGUUUUCCAG